UCCGGCGCGGGGAGCGGAAACACGUGCGCGACUUGUCGGCGAAAUCGGAGAUAGAAACGUGUUUUUAUUGCGCACGAUGAGACAAGAUGAAUAAAAAAGGGAGUAAAAGAAUGCGAUGAGCAGAAAAUGAUAGAGAAAGAGAUAGAGAGCGCGGAAAAGACGCAACUCUCGCGUCGCUUUAUCGAUCAUUGACGACGCUCCCUUUGCGAGAGACGGAGCGAAGCGCGCGCGCCCGGAUGUACAUAUCUACAAUCGACGGUGCAUAUCUACGCAAUACUGAUGCCCGUGUCGCAGCCAGUGCGUGCCAAGAGUUUGUUACGCGCAAACUUGGAAAAUUCACGUGUGCGUGGCUUGCAGAGCAGAAUGCCGAAUAUCAAGGUCUUCAGCGGGACCUCGCAUCCGGAUCUCGCCCAGCGUAUUGUGGAUCGGCUCGGCAUCGACAUCGGCAAGGUUGUCACGAAGAAAUUCAGCAACCUCGAGACAUGUGUGGAGAUCGGAGAAUCUGUCCGUGGCGAAGAUGUGUAUAUCGUGCAAAGUGGAAGCGGCGAGGUGAACGAUAAUCUAAUGGAGCUCCUGAUUAUGAUCAAUGCUUGCAAAAUUGCCUCCGCAUCUCGAGUGACAGCAGUCAUUCCUUGUUUUCCUUAUGCAAGGCAGGAUAAAAAAGACAAGGGCAAUGAUGGUGGAGACUCUAAAAAUCAGAUUGUCAUGAAGUCGAACGAGUGGAAAUUCAGGAGUCGCGCGCCGAUCUCCGCGAAGCUAGUGGCGAAUAUGCUUUCCGUAGCGGGUGCUGAUCACAUUAUCACAAUGGACUUGCACGCUAGUCAAAUACAAGGAUUCUUUGAUAUACCAGUAGAUAAUUUAUUUGCUGAGCCAGCUGUCCUCAAAUGGAUUAAGGAGAAUAUUGUUGAAUGGCGAAAUAGUAUCAUUGUCUCUCCUGAUGCGGGCGGCGCCAAGAGAGUCACAUCUAUCGCGGAUCGAUUAAAUGUUGAGUUUGCGCUCAUACAUAAAGAAAGGAAAAAGGCGAAUGAAGUCGCUAGUAUGGUAUUAGUUGGAGACGUUAAAGACAGAGUCGCGAUCCUCGUAGACGAUAUGGCCGAUACCUGCGGUACUAUUUGUCAUGCGGCGGAAAAGCUAUUAGAAGCUGGUGCCACGAAGGUUUACGCAAUACUUACGCAUGGUAUAUUCAGCGGCCCAGCAAUUAGCAGGAUUAACAACGCUUGUUUCGAGGCUGUGGUAGUGACUAAUACUAUUCCUCAAGAUGGUCAUAUGAAAGAUUGCCCAAAGAUUCAGUGCAUUGAUGUAUCGAUGAUGUUUGCUGAAGCCGUAAGGCGGACGCAUAAUGGUGAAUCUGUAUCAUAUCUGUUUUCAAAUGUACCGUAUUAGGUGGAAAUCUUCCUAUUUCUAAAUUGAGAUUUGUAUUAGUUCUAUUUUUUCAUGAAUUUCUAACAGUAAAAUUGACACUAAUCAAUGCAAAAUCAUGAUAAAUUUUUAGAAGAUUAGAUUAGAUAUAUAAGCUGAUUUUCUUUUCUUUAAAAUUCUUAAAACCCAAGCAUUCUUCGAACUUUUGUAGACAGUAGAAAAAAUAUCUAAUUCUCUGUCUUGCUCGAAUUUUGUUGUGAUCAAAGUUGCAGCUUCUGCUGUAUAUAAUUUGUAGCAUCUUUAUCAUUUGUUCUGUUUAAAAAAAUAAAAGAGGAGUUGAUCACUUAUAAUAACAAGAUUAUUAGUAAUUUCAUAUAUUAAAAUAUAUAAAAAUUUUGUCAAUAUGAUUAAAAUAUCAAUGUGCGCGCACCGCAUAUAAUAUCCAGGUAACAUAAUUUACUAAUUCUGACAUUUAAAUAAAAAUUUUAGAUCUGUUAUAUUUUGCAUAGAAAAAUUUUUGAUAUAUUGAUGCUAAAAUCACGUAAAUAAAUUUUCAUAAUUAUGUUAAAAUGAUCCUAUUGUGUUGUGAUUAUGUUGUGUAGAUAAAAAAAUGAUCGUGUUUUUUUUUAAUACGACCAUAUUUUAAUAUAUCAGCCAUAUUACAAUAAAAAAAGUUUGUAAUGUA